CCUUCGGCUUAUCUGUUCCUUUGUUCCCUUUCAACUUUAGUUUCAAAACAGUCAAAAUGAGUUUUAGACCAAUGCAAACAAGUGCUGUUGCUGGUGGUGGAAGUAGGGGCUUUAGUGCUUGCUCAGUUGGUGGAGGAAGAUCAAGUGGUGGCUCUCGCUCUGGAGGUGCCUUUGGAACACGAAGUCUUGUCAGCCUUGGUGGAAAGAAAAGAAUUUCAAUUGGUGUAAACAGUCAGGGUGCUGGUGGAGGAUAUGGUGGAGGUGCCGGUGGAUUCGGUGGAGGUGCCGGCGGAUUCGGUGGAGGUGCCGGCGGAUUCGGUGGAGGUGCCGGUGGAUUCGGUGGAGGAGCAGGAGGAUUCGGUGGAGGUCAUGGAGGAUUUGGUGGACAUGGAGGUGAUCCUGGCUUCCCCGUUUGCCCACCUGGUGGAAUUCAGGCAGUUACCGUCAACCAAAGCCUUUUGCAGCCACUAAAGGUGGACAUAGAUCCAGCCAUUCAAAAAGUAAAAUCUGAAGAAAGAGAACAGAUCAAAAACCUGAACAACAAAUUUGCCACUUUCAUUGACAAGGUUAGAUUUUUGGAACAGCAAAAUCAAGUACUAGAGACAAAAUGGCGCCUUUUACAAGAACAUGGCCAAAAAGGGGGUUCCAAAAAACCAAGCAUAGAGCCCCUUUUUGAGCAUUUUAUAAGCAACCUGAAGAGACAGCUUGACAGUAUAACAAGCGAGAGAAGCCGUCUGGAGAGUGAACUAAAGACAAUGCAAGAGCUGGUAGAAGAAUACAAGAAGAAAUAUGAAGAUGAAAUUAACAAGCGCACAGCAGCUGAAAAUGAAUUUGUGGUGCUUAAGAAGGAUGUGGAUGCUGCAUACAUGGUGAAGGUGGAGUUGGACAGCAAGGUGCAUACCCUGACAGAGGAGAUAGAAUUCUUGAGGACGCUCUAUGAUGCUGAGCUCUCAAGCGUUCAAGGAGGAAUGGGUGACACCUCAGUUGUUCUGUCUAUGAAUAACAACAGAGACUUGAACUUGGACGACAUAAUCAAAGACGUUAAGAAUCAGUAUGACCAGAUUGCUCAGAGAAGCAAGGCUGAAGCAGAAGCAGCAUUCGACAACAAAUACAAGCAAUUGCAAGCCGUGGCUGGACAACAUGGCGACCACCUGAAGAACAGCAAGAAUGAAAUCUCAGAACUGAACCGUAUGAUCCAGAGACUGAAGGCUGAGAUUGAAAACAUCAAGAAGCAGAUCGCAGCUCUCCAGCACUCCAUUGCUGAGGCUGAGCAGCGUGGGGAGAAUGCUUUGAAGGAUGCCAGAGGGAAAUUGGCUGGACUUGAAGCUGCUUUGCAAAAGGCCAAAGAAGAUCUGGCCCGCCAGAUGCGCGACUACCAGGAGCUCAUGAAUGUGAAACUUGCUCUUGAUAUUGAAAUCUGCACUUACAGAGCCAUGCUGGAAGGAGAAGAGGAAAGAAUGUCUGGACAAAUAGUCAACAAUGUGACCAUUUCCGUAGUUGGAGGUUCUUCAAGCCACUCUGCUAGUGGUGGAGGAUCAGGAGGUGCCGGCGGACACGGAGGUGGAUAUGGUGUUGGCGGAGGACACGGAGGUGGAUAUAGUGUUGGCGGAGGACACGGAGGUGGAUUUGGUGCUGGCGGAGGACAAGGAGCCGGAGGAUAUGGCAUGGGUGGAGGAAGUGGCCAUGUCUCUGGAGGCAGCAGCAGUCAAUAUGGUGCCUCUCACAGAAGCACAGUGGCAGUGUCUACAACAUCAGCAUCAUCCUCAGUAAAGAAAUAUUAAGAUGUGCCCGAGUUAUAGCACUAGUCACCGUGCCCACCUCUUCAAAGCCACCCUCCCCCUAUACCUUUUUUGAUCUGCUCAGAUAACAGAAGCUUCACUAGUAUGUUCAGUUAUAUCAUCCUAGCUCUAUCCUUACUUGUUCUCCGGGAUACAAGUCACUAUAAUGUAGACAUUCCAUGUUUUCCCAUAACAUUAACCUAAAGAAUUUCUAUUCAUUGUGUUGCCUUGACAUCACUUGUUCCAUAGAGACAACAAUAUAGUCUCAAAUAUUUCUUUAAAAAUGGGGAAAGCAUCUAAAUACUACCAUAUGUGUCACACAGAAGAUCAAAAGCAAAUCUAUUAUAGAGAAGGUGUUGUAACUUUCAUAUUCCCUUUGUAUGACUGCUAUUGCACUGUUGUGUCCCUGUAACAUAUCUAGGUGAGUUUGAUAAAGAUAUCUGAGCUUGGCUAUGGCUUUUGCCAGUCCUGUAAGCUCAUGCUUAUAUUUAUCUCUGAGAGUAAUGGGAGUCGGGACGUUUGUUGUAUAUAAAAUCCUUUUAAUGCAUUACUCAAUCUUUCAACCCCAGGCACGCCUUUCUUAUCUUUUCUGUAUUUCUUCAAUAAACUGCAUAUGGAUCUCAA